AUGAAUAUUCGUGGUAUUUGCAGGAGUGAAGAUGAACUAAAAAGACGACAGAAGAAUUUAAACCAACUCAGAACAAAAAGAAGAGACCAUUUUCUUCAACAAAGAAGACAAGAAGAUACUGAAGAGACCUUUGUUGAACCUUCAAAUUAUUUUGAAUAUCUCCAUGAAUGCAAAACACGAUUAACUAAUCCUCAAACAUUAUUAUCAGAUAAAAUAAAAAUUGUUAUUAACUUAAGGAAAUGUGUCAGUUCAAAACAAUACAUUCCAAUUCAAGAAAUGAUUGAAUGUAAUACAUUUUCCAUUUUGUUAAAAUGUAUGACUGAAGAACAAAAUGAUGAUAUAAAAUAUCAAAUCGCAUGGUUUUUCACAAACUUAGCAGUUUCAUUAGACUCUGAAACGUCAGAUCUUAUUGUUCAUUUAGGAGUUAUAAAAGUAUUAUUACAUUGUGGGUUAACAACUCAAAAAUUUGAAACUUCUGUUCAAUGUUUAUGGGGAGCUACAAAUUAUGUUAUUGAUAGUAAUGAUUGCAAAGAAAUAGCUUCAGCAAAUGGAAUUUUUACAUUAUUAAAUAGAGUAAUUACAAAUGAUAUAAAUAAUGUUCAUGCAUAUUGGUCAUUAUCUUCAUUGUUACGAACUUCUGAUUGUAUUACAUCAGAAUUACUUAAUACAUUUAUUCAAUACAUUGCUUAUGGAUUGUCAAGUAAUAAUGAUCCUAUUAUUGUUCAUUGUAUUCGUUGUGUAUUUUAUAUUGGAAGAAAUAAAACAGGAUUGAUUAAAAUGUUUAAUUCUUCAAUUUUUAUUCGAUGCUUUUAUUUAGCCUCUUCAAAUAAUCAGUCAAUCAAACAAUCUUCAUUUAAAUUUAUUCAAUGGGUUUCUUCUUCAAAUGAUGCUGAUUUUAUUCGAUUAUUUGAUAUAACAAACAUUAUUCCUUAUUUUAUAGAUAUGUUAAAAGAAAUUCCUCUUUCUUGGUAUCAUAGAAUUAUUAUGUUCACUUUUAGUAAUUUAGCAUUAACCAAUGAUAAGUACAUUGAUCAAUUUAUUGACAAUGGUACUUAUUAUAUUGCUAUUCAAAUUAUUAUAAAUUCAACAGCACCAGAAGAGGCUUUAAUUAGAAAAGAGUGUUUUUUAUUCAUUUUUUAUUCAAUUCAACAACAUUAUAUACCAUUAUUAGACCAUUUAAUACAAAAUGAUUUUAUUAUAUCCAUUUUUAGUAAAAUUAAAUGGACUGAUAAUGAACUUGUAGCACAAUCAAUUUCAGCUGCUGAAAUUCUUAUUCAUAAUGAAUCACAACUUUAUCAAUUUAUUGAUCAAUUUAGAGAAAUUGGUUUUGAUAAAAGAUUACAAGAAAUAACAGAAAAUUCAGAUAAUGAAGACUUAGUGGAUAGAGUAAGUACCUUAUUAUUGGAAUAUUUUGAUGGAGAAGAGCAUGAUGAAUUAUCGUUAUAA